UGCUCCCGCGAAUUAAUUUGAGGCAAAGAGGGAAAAAUAAAAAAGAAAGAGGGAAGCGCAAUUGUGUUGUUGAGAGAAAACCCUAAUUGGAAACGUUUGAUUGGCGUUGUAGUGGUGAUGAUCGUGAGGCAGAAGAUGGUGACGGAAGCGGAAAUCAUGUGCCAGCAGAGCAUUCCGAUGUUGGACGUCAAGUACCACCUUCGUGUGGCGCAAGAACACGCCGUUAAGGUCGACGUCGUUUCGCCCUCCUCCAACGUCGUUCCUGUAUUUGCCCACGUGCGGCUUGAGACGGUUUCCGCUGAAACGCCUUGUUUCGAAUCGGUUGUGAGUUGUUCUGAGAUGAUUGAGGAUUCCGUUUUAGAGAGUCCUGCUACGAAAUUUAUACCAAAUGUUCGAUCUGGGUGCUGUAUGGAUAUUGGACCCAGGGGGUCAAUGGAUGAUGAGCACAUUCGGAUAGAUGAUCUUGCUGGCCACCUUGGAUUUGUGUUCAAGCAGCCAAUACCCAGUGCGUUUUAUGCGGUUUUUGAUGGGCAUGGAGGGCCUGAUGCAGCUGCUUUUGUUAAGAACAAUGCUAUGAGAUUGUUUUUUGAGGAUGCUGAUAUGCUGCAAUCAUAUGAUGCUGAUGCAGUUUCUCUCAAGAGGUUGGAAGAUUCUCAUAGGAGAGCUUUUCUGGGUGCGGACCUUGCUUUGGCUGAUGAACAAAGUGUUUGCAGUUCCUGUGGGACAACGGCGUUGACUGCCCUUGUACUUGGAAGGCAUUUGAUGGUUGCUAACGCCGGUGACUGUCGAGCUGUUCUUUGUCGGCGAGGGCUGGCUGUUGAUAUGUCUCAAGAUCACAGACCAAGUUAUUUACCAGAACUCCGGAGGGUGGAGGAGUUGGGUGGUUUCAUUGAUGAUGGUUAUCUCAAUGGCUAUCUUUCUGUGACUCGUGCCCUUGGGGAUUGGGACUUGAAAUUCCCACUUGGUUCUGCAUCGCCUCUUAUCGCCGAGCCCGAGGUUCGGGUGGUCGCAUUGACGGAGGAUGAUGAAUUCUUGAUCAUCGGGUGUGAUGGCAUUUGGGAUGUAAUGUCAAGCCAGGAAGCAGUUAGUCUUGUGAGGCGUGGAUUAAGGAGGCAUGAUGAUCCACAACAAUGUGCAAGAGAGCUUGUUAAGGAAGCAUUGCGCUUACACACAUCAGAUAAUCUUACUGGGAUUGUUAUCUGCUUGUCACCUGUGCAAAGCAUUGUUGAAUCAUGUCCACCCCAGAGGAGAAGAUUCAGAUCUUGCUCUCUGUCUGAAGAGGCCCGGAACAGAUUGAGGAACUUGCUAGAGGGAAACUGAAUGUAAAUACGGUUCUCAUGGUUCACAAUCAUUCCUUUCAUGCGUUUGUAGGCUGUUUUGGAGUUGGAGCUAAGCAGCUACAGCAAUUUUUGUAGGGAUAGAAGAGUUUCGACCUAUUUAAUUGUUAUUUUGGUGUAUGUAGAGAAACAUGUAGCUAGCUAGUUUUGGCGGGAAUAAUGGAGGAUUCGAUUUCACAUUGUUGUUACAUCUGUAAAUAAGAGAUGAUUUAGACUUUUCAGCAAUGCUAUGCGUGAAUGAGAACAGAAAACGAGUUAUUUUCUUGA